AUGUCUACUACUACUACCAUCACGGAAGAUCGCAUUGAACUAACCAGAUUCCCGGCCACUCCUCAUCACCUGCCAAGCAAAUCUUUGCCUUCCGCCUCACGCCCAACGUCCGUGACUAACAGUCAUGACGAAUUGCCCGAGAGCGCGACCUACUCUGUCACGGCAGUACCGGACGGGGGAUAUGGGUGGGUCGUCGUUGCCGGUGGCUUCACGACGAGCUUUUGCAACAACGCGAUAAUCAAUUGCUGGGGUGUCUUGCAAGCUGCCCUACUAGACUCGACUUUGAAGGACGUUCCUCCGUCCACACUUUCUUACGUUGGCUCAUUGGGGCUCGCGGGUGGUGCGUUAUAUGGUCUCGGUGCCGUGCGUCUGAUGAGACAGAUAGGCUGCCAGGCAACAAUUCUACUCGGAGUCUUUCUCAUGGGCCUAAGUUUGAUCGGGGCGAGCUUCUGUACGUCGAAUUUGCCUGGUCUUUUCGGCACAUACAGCAUCAUUGGUGGAAUUGGCAUGUCGCUGAACUGGACUGUUAACAACACAGUUCCUGUGCAAUACUUCAGCGCUCGUCUUGGGCUUGCAAAUGGUCUCAUCAAACUCGGCGGUGGCGUGGGUGGCUGUGUCAUGGCCGUUGCUUUGGAGGCCUUGUAUCGAAGAGUCGGUAUCGAAUGGACCUUCCGGAUCCAGGGACUUCUUACUUGGGCUGUCGGCCUUCCUGCUGCUUGGAUGGUAAAAGAUCGUGUACCGCUUAGGAAGGCACCGUUCGUCGACCUUCCCAUGUUCAGGUCUCCAGCUUUCAUUGCGACCUUUGCUGCCAGCGCCAUCGGUGUCUUUGCGCUUUUCGUUCCGCCAUACUACCUACCAUUGUUUGCGCAAUCAAUCGGCCUCAGUCCAAGUACAGGUGCCGCUCUGGUUGCAGCCUUCAAUGCCUGCAAUGCCCUUGGCCGUUUUAUCGCUGGUCCCCUGUGCGACAAGAUUGGUCCACUAAACAUGUUCGUUAUCGCGAUGGUCCUCAACGCGGCGAGUAUGCUUGCGAUCUGGCCAGUCUCCAGCACUUUGGGUCCACUCGUAUUGUUUGCGAUCUUGAACGGCGUUGCGAAUGGCGCAUACUUUACGACCCAGCCGACCGUAGUUGCUGGAAUUUUCGGUCCUGGACGAGCUGCGGUAGCUAUGAGCAUGUCGGUUACAGGCUGGAGUGUUGGCUAUCUGAUGGGCGCGCCAAUUGCAGGCUACCUGCUGGAGGCUACAAGUGGUAGAUGGAACAGCGGUCCAGGUCAGAGCAUUGAUGCCUAUCGGCCUGCCAUUUUCUAUGCUGGUGGAACUGCGACCCUUUCCGCGUUAUGUGUUCUAGUCGCGAGACUUACUGUCACCAGGAAACUAGGCAAAAGAGUCUGA